UUUUGUGUCAAGUGUCAAUUUUGAAAACAUUUCACAAAUUAUUUGUUGCUAUGUUUCAAAUUCAAGAUUGAUUGAUUAAAAGAUACGAAUACUAUGGAAGCAAUUCUUUGAAACUAUAUUUUUCACUAUAUAUACCUUCUUAAGCCCCUUUUAUAGUUUUCUUCAUUAAGUAAUAACGCAUAUCCCCAAUUUGUCUCUGAAUUCAAUAAUAUAAGAAAAUUUUGUCUUAAGAAAACACAAAUGUUAUUCUAAAUAAAUCGGAAUGAAUUUGAAAUAAAUGCCCACAGAACAUCAAUUCUACUGUUUGUGUUUAAAGCCCAAUUUUGGAGCUUAUGGAGCCCAAAUAUUUACCUGGUGUUUGAAGAGCAAGGGGAAAACACAGCUUUGCUCGACGCACAGUUCUUAAAAACGACAAUAUUUGGCAUAUAUGUAUCACAUAUAUGCACUUGGGAACAUAGGUUUGAAGCAUUUCGCACCCAUAUGCCCGACUGGGUACUCAAAUUGUGUGAUUGGAAAGCGACUAUUGGAACAUACUCAAAAAUAUUAUUAAUAAGAAAUUUGCUUUCUUAUUUUGUUUUACAUUCAAAAUAUUAAGUUAUUAAACAAGAUGUGGAUAUAUAAUAUGAAGUUAUUGAAAAGAACUGUUUUAGAAAUUUCAGUACGAUAUUACAAACCCAGAAGAGCUAUUUUGUAUGUUCCAGGAAAUGAUUUAAAAAAAAUUAAUAAGAUUCAAAGUCUCACAAUAGAUUGUGUUGCUCUAGAUUGUGAAGAUGGUGUGGCAUUGAACAAGAAGGAUGAAGCAAGGUAUACAAUACGAGAAAGUUUAAAUCGACUAAUUCCAGAUAUAAAAAAUAAAACUGAUAUAGGAGUAAGAAUUAAUUCUGUAGAUAGUGAAAUAUGUGAGAAGGAUUUGGAGGUUUGUUUAUCUGGAAAUUAUUUGCCACAUACUAUUUUAUUACCAAAAGUAGAAGAUAGUGGACAAUUGCAUUGGUUUUCAGAUUGUAUCGAUAAAUACAUUAAACAACGUGACAAAAUUAAUUUAAUCAUAUUUCUAGAGUCUGCUAAAGCUUUCAUAAAUAUCUCAGAAAUAUGUAAAACAUUGGUAACAUUAGCCGAUAAACAAAAAAUUAUACCAAAUUCUUUAGUUUUUGGAAGUGAUGAUUAUUGUGCCAGUAUAGGUGCUACAAGAACCGAAGAUGCUACAGAAGUUUUGUAUGCUAGACAAAAACUAGUUUUAUAUGCCAAAGCAUAUAAUUUUCAAGCAAUUGAUAUGGUGUAUAUAAAGUUCAAAGAUUUAGAGGGCUUGGUACGUCAAAGUGAACAAGGAAGGCACAUGGGAUUCACUGGAAAACAAGUUAUACAUCCGGAUCAAAUAGAAGUCGUUCAAAAAUCUUUUUCACCCUCUUUGGUUCAAGUCGAAUGGGCCAAAGGUCUUUUAAGAGCCUUCGAGGAACAUCAAAUUAAAGGAAUAGGAGCCUUCACAUAUGAGGGAAGUAUGAUAGAUAUGCCAACCAUCAAACAAGCUCAGAAUAUCAUUGAACUAAUGAAUUCUAUCAAGUAGGAAGCUUAAAAAAAUUGUAUUGUAUGUACGCAAAUACAAUAUUUAUCUGUU